ACUGAUAUGGGCUUUGAAUAACUUGAGUACAUAUCUCACUCCAAAUCAAUUCUGAGAAACAGCUUUCAUGUUGAUGCUGUUGAAUACUGUUUGAAUUUCCCUGACAUUGACUUAAUUUCUAGCAAUUCUGACUCAGUUUGAGAAUCAGCUGUUCAGUUUGGAUGGCUUUUCACAGAAUUUUGGAUCAAGAUGGUGGCCUGGGGAAAUUCCAGAUCCUUCAGAUGAUUUUUCUCUGUAUCUCCACCUUAACAGUGAUCCCUUAUACUACAUUGGAGAACUUCACUGGAGCCAUGCCUGAUCACUGCUGCUGGGUCCACCUCCUUGACAAUGACACCAUCUCUGUUAAUGACAAUGGGACCCUCAGCCAAGAGGACCUCCUGAGAGUCUUCAUCCCCCUGGACUCCAGCCUGAGGCCAGAGAAGUGCCAGCACUUCGUCCACCCCCAGUGGCAUCUCCUUCACCAGAAAGGCAGCUUCCUCAAUAUGACAGAGCUGAACAUGGAGCCCUGUGUGGAUGGCUGGGUGUAUGACUGCAGCACCUUCUCUUCCACCAUUGUGACUCAGUGGGAUCUGGUAUGUGAAUCAGAGUCACUGGUCCCAGUGACUAAAUUCUCAUUCAUGGCUGGAAUGGUGGUGGGAAGCAUCGUAUGUGGCCAUUUAUCAGACAGGUUUGGGAGGAAGAUAGUCCUCAAAUGGAGUAUCCUCCUCUUGGCCAUUGCUAGCACUUGUAUAACAUUUUUUGCCAGCUUCCCUAUUUACUGCUCACUUCGUUUUUUAUCUGGAAUUUCAUCCAUAGCUAUUAUGACAACUGUUAUUUUGCUCAUUGUAGAGUGGACAGUGCCCCAGUUCCAGGCAUUGGGAGUAACACUGGUAUCUGUUGCCAUGAAUAUUGCACAGACAGCCUUGGGAGGUCUGGCUUUUGCCUUUCGAGACUGGCAUAUACUCCAGCUAGUGUUGUCUGUACCAUUUUUUGCCUUAUUUCUGUGUACUAGGUGGGUGGCAGAGUCUGCUCAGUGGCUGGUUAUCUCCAACAGACCUGAGGAGGGCUUAAAGGAGCUGAGAAAAGCUGCACAUUGCAAUGGAAUAAGGGAUGCCGAGAACACUCUAACCAUAGAGGCUUUGACAGCCACCAUGCAGGACGAACUGAAGGCAGCUCAGAGAAAACCUGCAGUGUUAGACUUGUUCCACGCACCCAACUUGCGCAAAAGGAUCUGUCUCCUGUCCUUUGCAGGAUUUUCAACUGCUGUUUCUCGUUUUGGUCUGAUUCUCAACCUUGGGUACCUGGGAAGUAAUGUCUUCCUGAUCCAGGCUCUCUUUGGUAUAGUUGCUUUCCCAGGAAAUUAUGCUGUAUUGUUCACUCUCAAUCACCUGGGCCGUCGAAUAAGUCUUCUAUCUUUCUCAUUUCUAUUGGGGAUCUCCAUACUGGCCACCAUAUUUGUGCCUCAAGGUAAGAAAAGAACAUCAUUUCAAGAAAUAAUGUGUAUCUCCUUGUUACUCAUAAAUAGUGGUGUUCUCAAGUCAGAGGAAGGUAGAGACAGUAUUCAAUAAUGUUGCUACACAUUGAAUUCUGGAGAAAUGAAUCAGACUCAUUAGACAUCACUCUGAUAUAUGAUUUAGUCAUUAAAUUAAACCUUUCUGGACAAUAGUGUCAUGUUUUCUUGAGUUGUUCCAGGACACCUAUCAGUUGUUUAUUUGUCUCUAAGCAUAUUCUAGCAAGCAUGGAGAGCUUUCUGUGUAGCCUCUAUAGUUUGCAUAGCACAUUAGACCUGACACUGGUAGUUGUCAAGAGGUGUAUGACAGCAACGGUUUCAAACAGAAGCUUAUAUAAUAUAUAGUUUGUGAGAUACAGUAGUAUCAUUCCUUCAUCUAGAGUCUUUUAUAGAAAAUUUACUAUUCAAUCUUAUGCUUCAUUUAAGGUCAUCACAAGUAUUACUUUGGUUAGAGGGAUAAUCUAGACUGUAAAAACCUAAACCCUCUUAUCUUCAGGAAGACAGGAAAUACACAAGUAUAAGGUACAAAUAUCUAAAUAUCCUUUCUUAGCAUCAAUCUUAGUAAAUUAAAUAAUAAUAAUAUGUGGUAAAUAGGAGAAACCAGGUGUCUCUAUGCUUCACUUAAUACCAAAAUAGUUAUGUAAUUUACAUCACUGUGAUUUAUGGGAUAUUAUAGUUUAGUUGAAGGUCAACAAUAUUGUAAGAUUGCUGCUCUAUAUUAUAACUCUCACAUGGAUAUUCGUUCAAUUGCACAAAAACCAACUCCAUACCUCCAGAGUCUAUCCGAGACUUUUCUCAUCUUAGGUAAGUCUGUUGUAGCUGAUAAUUUAACAUUAUUCAAAAUCUAGGUAUUAUCCACACUGUCCAUAUCAUGGACAAUAAUUCUAUUCUGUAAUUAUUGUUUUCUGCAUUUUGAAUCUGUAGAAAUUUUAUAUAAAGCUGAUAUUUUAAACUGUAUUGUCAUACACCUCCUAGAAACUACAAAUAUGACAGUUCUAAAUUCUACACAGGGGUGGAGGAAUCACAAACUAUAAUUAAGAAAAUAGAUUUCUCAUAUUUUCACCAAUAACCUUUCUUGUGGCGUGUUUUGGUAGGCAAGAAAAGUUGAUAGUAUAAUUCAUCCUUUUAUCCUCUGUAAGCCACAAAAUGUGAAGAAAUCACAUUUCUCAGCACUUAGAUCCCAUUCAUUGUCUGCUUCCAUUAGCUUUCUCUAUAUAUUUCUAAACAUACAGGGACUUCUACAGUAGGGUUAUUCUGAUUUGUAAUUUAGGGGCAUGCUGACUCCUUCAGCUCAUAUUUCCUGUGUCUGAGAAGUCUUCCUCUCUCCAGAAAUACAGACUGUGCAGGCAAUUUUGGCAGCUGUGGGAGUAGGAUGUACCUCUGCUGUUUACACCUGCUGUAAUACCUAUGCAUCUGAACUCAUUCCUACAUCAGUCAGGUAGAAAUCUCAUGGAUCAUCUGUUAAGGUCAAAAUAAAUCUUUAUUAGCUAAUUAACAUGCAUUACAGGAAGACAAUACAAGUUAAUUAUCCGAAAACAAUCCAUUAAAAUAACAAUAAUUUAUAGGCAAAAUGUAUUGAAAACAGACUUCUAACAGUCAAUGUUAAGUCU